AGAAAUAUUCAACAUUGGUCUUCACAAGAGCUUGGAUAUCUGCAUAGUGCUACUGUUUGACAUUUUGUUUAGGACUAGAGCCAAAAAUGUGUGUCACUGUCAAUAGAACCGAAGGGGGACUUUGGCCAGAAAUUAGGUCAUUGAAGUUUCCCAAAACACUAAUAGAGUAUAUAGACAUUUAUUACUAGGAGAAACACUCACCGUAGCGGACUACUGCAGUUGCCAAUAUGCCUGGUAAACCAACCUUUCUCCUUCUUCUCGUCAUAUCUUGCCUCUCAAAUGUGCAGGGGGCAAAUUUUAAGAAGCCGGCAUGCUACAACUAUCAGCAGCCUGGCUGUCCCUUCCACUUUGAGCCCGUGUGUGGAUCCAACGGAGUCACUUACACCAACGAGUGUGUGUUGUGUGACACUGUAAGAGAAACCAGGAAGAAGAUACUUAUUGUCAAACAUGGACCUUGUUGAAGAAGUCAGAUAUGGCAAAUUCAACAGUAUAAAACAUGGCUGAAACACAAAUAGUGAUGAAAAAGAGCUGAUUAUUCAGAAGAAAUAAAAAAUGUAUGCCGACA